AACUAGUGAUUUGUGAUAUCGUGGGAGGGUAAAAGCCAACAAGCACUCGGCCACACUAAUUUUAGAAAUGGAUGACACAGAGUGAUCAUAUGGAUCUCUUCUUGACAACACACGACCCACAACAAUUACUAACCCGUUUACAUACAAUAAAAGCCCACAUAGAGCUGCUGAUCCGUUAGUCUCCUCCUCAACAGCAAAUAAGCUCACUCGGCAAUCGAUUCUCUGUGUUGAAACAGGAAAAAAAAAAAUGGGUCGGAAAAAGGGAGUGCAUCUGGUGCACGACGGGCCGCCGGACGACUUCGAUCCGGAGAACCCGUACAAGGACCCGGUGGCCAUGCUCGAGAUGCGGGAGCACCUCGUCAGGGAGAAGUGGAUCGACAUCGAGAAGGCCAAGAUCCUGAGGGAGAAGGUCCGCAUGUGCUACCGCAUCGAGGGGGUCAACCACCUCCAGAAGUGCCGCCACCUCGUCCAUCGCUACCUCGACGCCACCCGCGGCGUCGGCUGGGGCAAGGACCACCGCCCCCACGCCCUCCACGGGCCUAAGGUGGUGGAGACGCCUGCUGAGUGAAGGGGGGAUCCACGGUUGGGAAUAAAUUUGAGGUAAUCAAUUGUACUGCAGGAUAAUGUAUGUGGAGAAUUUCUGCAUGUUUAUCAGGUUUGUUCAUUGGCUAGUAGCCUUUAUCUUUGUUAAGUGCUACUCUGAAAUGUAUGCCUUUAGUUUGGUCCAGACAUUUGAGGCUGUGUGGUAAACCCACUUUUUAAUCUCAGGCUUUCUGUACUUUGUGAAAGUGAUGAGAGCUUCAUAUCAAAUAAUAAAAAACAGAAUGAUCUCUCUAAUUCUUUUCUAUCAAAUUUUUUUUGUUGUCUUUGUUGAUGAAUGGUUAUUGUGCUCCUUACACUCUUGGUGCUUUAAAAUGGUAAAUAUAGGCUACUACAGUGAGUGUAGUUGAGUUCAUAUUUUGGAUUCAGACGUGUUCUUAUUUUUACUUGAUGGCUCUUAGGGCUGUCCUAAUGAUUGUGUUUGGGUCAGUGACUCAAAUAAGAACGAUGGAUGGUUGUGAUUAAAGAAGUAUAUGCUCAUCUAGGUUAAAGAUUGAUUGAAUAACUGUGUGCACUGUGAUUGAGUGGCUUUGUUAAUA